UCAAGUUUGCAUGAUCAAUUUUCAAGACACGCUCAUUUGUUUCAUUGCAAUCGUCGUUAAGUCAAGUAUUCAGUUUUUCUUCUAGAGACAUUUUUGUUUGUGUAGACAGCCAUGGACAAGAUCAAGGACAUGUUGCACGGUCACAAGAAGGACGACGAGCACGCUCAUGCCACCCCAGCCACCGCCACCACCACCAACGUCGGUACCGCUGAAGCUGGCUACUCCGAUCCCGCUACAACCCAUCACGAGGAGGGAAAAGAGAAGAAGGGCUUCCUCGGACUUGGUGGCCACAAGAAGGAAGGCGAGGAAGGAAAGAAGCAUGGGUUCAUGGGUAUGGGAGGCGGCUCCAGCUCCAGCUCUUCCUCUGAUGAGGAACGCGAAGGUGCGGCAGAGCGAAACCGGCUCCGCCGUGAGAAGCGUGCGCAGCGUACUGCGGGCAAAACAGCUGCCGGCACCGUACCUGUAGAAGGCACUGGCGAGAAGAAGCACGGCUUCUUUGGCUAAGCGCCGAUUGUGUAUAACUCACGACCUUAACAUCCUUCUGAGGAGCGUGCGAUCCAGAUCGAAGGAGGCAGUCACAGUUACGAACUUUAUAUGAAAAAGCUUCCGGAUCCUAUGUGUAGUAAUAAUUCUCUGUGUACACUGUCGAUUAUGUGGUUUAUAUAGCAAGAGGUUUUUCGUGUUACCACGUGUACUGGGUUCCUUUUCUUUUCGGUGUUAUAAAUGAAUCCGCAGCAAACGGAAUGUUGCUGUAGAGUAUGUGCCGUUCCAUUUU